UCAGAUACAGGGCGUGAGCGCUCCAACCUGUUGUACCAGUUUGUGUGGAGUGGAGGUAUAUAAGAGAGGAGGGGUGGUACAACAGCUGAAUUCUGCUGGAUGCAAAUCCUUCGGUAUCGUCACUGCCACAAUACUGACAAAGCUAAUGGAGCCUUGAUCAGGAUUACCCACAUUGAAGGAAAUGUUGGGAGUGAGUGGCAUCACAGAUCGUAUCCGUCACGCUGGGAACUCCAGAGGAAUCUAUCUUUCAGCCUCCGCACUGAGCAACCACUUUGGGAAAUGGACAUCCAAGGAUCGUUGCAGUGGAAACUCUGGCAAAGCUGUGCCUGGCUCCGGUAAUCGGAGGAGGCCAAGCAAGCUCCAGCAUGGCAGAAGCUACAAAGCCCAACCUCAGUCCUACCAGCUCACUCUACCACAAAUUAACAGCAUCCUGAAAACCAACGAGUACAGCUUCAAGGUGCCAGAGUUUGACGGCAGGAACAUCAGUUCCGUGCUGGGCUUUGACAGUAAUCAGCUAGCUUCUAAUGUCCCCAUUGAGGACAGGCGCAGUGCAGCCAGCUGCCUACAGAGCCGGGGGAUGCUGCUGGGGGUUUUCGAUGGGCAUGCUGGCUAUGCCUGUGCUCAGGCUAUCAGUGAAAGAUUGUUGUAUUAUAUUGCUGUAUCCUUGCUGCCUCGCAAGACCUUAAUCGAGAUAGAAGACGCGGUCGAAAAUGAGCGACCAGUGUUGCCCAUUUUGCACUGGCACAAGCAUCCCAAUGAUUAUGUCAACAGGGAGACAGGAAGGCUUUACUUCACCAGUUUAAGGACUUACUGGCAAGAAUGUAUUGACCUGGCAGAUGAAGAGAAGCUGGAUACUAGUGCUGCUUUAAAACGUGCCUUCAAUCGCCUGGACAGUGACAUCUCCCUCGAAGCUCAGAUCGAAGCCAGCAAUCCAUACACCAAUUACAAUGCACUUCGGGUGGCUCUGUCCGGCUCCACAGCUUGUGUCGCACACAUCGAUGGCACUGACGUGCACGUGGCAAACGCUGGCGAUAGUCGGGCCGUGCUGGGCGUCCAAAAUCCCGACGGUUCCUGGUCGGCCCUGACACUGAGCACCAGUCACAAUGCCCAGAACCCUGAGGAGGUGCACAGGGUCCGGUCGGAGCAUCCCGCGUCAGAGGAGAAGACGGUUGUGCGGCACGACAGGCUGCUGGGUCUCCUGAUGCCUUUCAGGGCGUUCGGAGACGUGAAGUUCAAGUGGAGUUUGGAACUCCAGAAGCAAGUGCUGGAAAGCCGACCAGAGUUGCUGACAGGCGACGAGUUCUUCAGAAGCUACCCGGCCAACCACCACACUCCCCCUUACCUCACUGCCGAACCCGAAGUCACUUAUCACAGGCUUAGGCCUCAGGACAAGUUCCUGGUUUUGGCUACCGAUGGCUUGUGGGACAUCAUGCAUAGGCAGAAUGUGGUGCAGAUUGUAGGGGAGCAUCUCACCCGUCUCCACAUCCAGCAGCCCAUCUCUGCAGCAGGCUACAAAGUAACAGUGGGCCAGAUGCACAGCCUCCUGCUGGAGAGGAAGGCCCGCAUGUCCUCAGCUUUCAAAGACCAAAACACUGCCACCCACUUGAUUCGCCAUGCACUGGGCAGCAAUGAGUUUGGCAACAUUGAACACAGUCGCCUUUCGAAAAUGCUGAGCUUGCCUGAGGGGAUGGCCAGAACGUACAGGGAUGACCUAACGGUGGUGGUGGUGCAGCUGAAUUCUCGCCUCAUUGGGGCAUACAACAGAGCUGAAGACAGCAUCGACUGAAAACACAUUCAACUUGAUCCUCUAUCGGAAACUGUGGGCUGGUGCUAACAAGGCAACAAAACAAUUUUUGGUGAUGACGAUAUAAUGAAAGGAAAGGAAAUGACACAUUGAGACUUGCCUCUUCUUCAAUCUCCCUCUUAUCCCCAAUUAGAUUAGAUUACUUACAGUGUGGAAGCAGGCCCUUUGGCCCAACAAGUCCACACCGACCCGCCAAAGCGCAACCCACCCAUACCCCUACAUUUACCCCUUAUCUAACACUAUGGGAAUUUUAGCAUAGCCAAUUCACCUGACCCGCACAUCUUUGGACUGUGGGAGGAAACCAGAGUACCCGGAGGAAACCCACGCAGAUACGGGAAGAACGUGUGGAGUUUGCACAGUCCGUCGUCUGAGGCGGGAAUUGAACCCGAGUCUCUGGUGCUGUGAGGUAGCAGUGCUAACCACUGUGCCGCCCGGAAAUUAGCUUCAGUGAAAUGUGGUUUGAGUGGCUGAAAGCCCCGGUUUUUUUCAGCUUUAUUACAAACUCCAACCGUUCAACCAUCUGCAUUCCUCCAAUUCUGGUUUCUCCUGCUUCCACAGUUGUAAUUGCUCAGCCACGAGUGAGCCUGCCUUCAGCUGCCUCAGCCUUGCUGUCUGGCAUUCCCAUCCUAAACCUCUCCAGCUCUUUAAUUCUCUCUUGCACAACUCCCUUUGAAACCUGCCACUUUGUCAAAGCUUUCUGUCCCUGUUCUAAUACAUAAGGCUGAGUUUUGUGGCUAAUUUUUUCUGUGAAGCACUUUGAGAUGUUAAAGUACAGUAUAAAUGCAAAUGUUUGUUGCUUAAUUGGAAAUUAGAGUUCCUGGCAUAGUUCCUUUAGUAGGAAUCCCAAGUUGGUUUUUCCUUAACUACUUAACAUUUUGUUUGGAUUCAUGAAAUGUGGACAUCACUGGCCAGGUCAGGAUUUAUUGCCCAUCCAGUUAUCAUAUUUCUUCCAUCCUCUUGCGAGACAGAAUGCUGAUUUCUUUUUUUCAUGACUGGGUUUGAUAGAAAAAAUAUGAAGGAACUAUUCCUGAUAGUUGAUGGAUAGGUGACUUGAAGACAUAGAUUUAAGGUUUAAAAAAAAGUCCUGGCAGUGAAAGGUGAAGAGUUUUUUUUUCCUUGAACACAUUGUGAUUCUGAUCAAAAAUGCACUUUCUGAAAAGGCACUGAAAGCAGAUUCAAGUUUUAAAAGUGAGUGGACACAUUCUUAAAAGGGAAACAUUUGUUGAGCUGUGGACGAUGGGACUAUUUCUCUUUCAGAAAGCCAAUACCAGACAUCAACGUUCAAAUGGUCUCCAUUAGUCACCCUCAGCACACUCUUCUAGAGAAAUGAAGUCCAGUCUGUUCAAUAUUUCCUAGUAGGUAUAAUCUCUCCAUUUUACUAUCAUUCCACUGAAUCUAUUUUGCACUUUUCCAGAGUCACAUUGUACAGUAUGGAGACUAACCAAAUUAGGAAGAUGCUUUCAGGCACAUGGGUCUUUCUACUUGUAAUUACAAGAGUAGGUCAGAGACUGGGAGUUCUCAAAACCUUCUGACUCUCCAAAGCCUGUUGUCCCAUCUAGAAGAUGUAAGUUGGGACUGAUGGAAUACUCCCCACUUGCCUGGAUGAGUGUUACUCCGAAAACACUCAAGAAGCUUGACGCUAUCCAAGACAAAGUAGCCUGCUUGAUCAACCGCCUGCAACAUUCACUCCCUCCAUCAUUAACACAGAGUCUGUUUUCCAGCUUUAAGAUGGACUGCAGUAACUCACUGAGGCUGAUCCUGCAGCACCUUCCAAAUCCAUGACCUUUACUACCCAGAGGGAUAAAGGCAACAGAUGCAUGGAAACACCACCAUCUGCAAAUUUCUUUAUAAACUAUACAUUGUCCUGACUUGGAACUAUAUUGUGGUUCCUUUACAUUUGCUGGAUCAAAAUCCUGGAACUCUCAGAAUCCAUACAGUGCAGAAAGAGGCCAUUUAGCCCAUCUUGACCCAGUGAAGAGCAUCCCAUUCUGUCCCUGUAACCAUCGUUGCUCAUCCACCUAAUUGCACAUCCCUCGACACUAUGGGAAAUUUAGCAUGGCCAAUCCACCUGACCUACACAUCUCUGGACUGUGGGAGGAAACCCAUGCAGAGAUGGAAGCUCCACCUAGAUAGUCACCAAGGUUGGACCUGAACCACUGUGCCACCCACCCUCCCUAAUAACAUUGUGGGUAUCCUGACAUUAAAUGAACUACAGCAAUACAAGGAGUGGCUCAGUACCUUUUCAAGGGCAAUUAGGGAUGGGCAAUAAAUGCCGUUCUGGCCAGCAAAGCCCACAUCCUGCUCACAAAGAGCUGAAAUCAAAACAGAAAGCACUCAGCAAGUCAUGACAUUUUCCGACCUGUGGUUGGAUCUGACAGUCUUAGAAAUGUAACAGUUUACGAACAAGUUUGGAAUCAGUGAAGUGUUUGCAGCUGUGGGGGGGUGAAAGCAGAAGAACGGAGAGCAGAAGUGACGAAAGGACAAAGUAGAUAAUGGGAAAGACAAGUUGGAAUAGCAAUGGGGCAAGUGAAGAAGUAAACGAUGUGUGCAUAGGAGGAGACGAUGGCAGGCACAAAGCCAGGAGCAGUGCUUGCUGUCUGCAAACAACUUCCUGAUUACAAAAGUGAGAUGCUGUCAACUCAGAUGGUUUCAUGCAACGAGGGGUUUAUUAUAUUGUGCACUGGUUUUGUAGUUUAUGAAAAAAUUGAAGUUGUACUUUAACAAUCAUGAACUCCAAUCUGUUUCUUUAGUUCCUUCAGAUCAAUUGUAAUUAUUUUUAAAUAGUUCUUUUAAUUUGAAAUUCAUUCUCCUGAGGCACCUCCACUGCCUUGAACUGAAAUGUCACUGGGAUGAAGGAUCUAAUGAUGUGAGUUUUCCUUUUACAGCUACACUUGUAUAACUUAUUAAUUUUAUAUGCACUUUGUGUUUAUGUAUUUUAUUGAUAUUCGUUCAUACCCAACAUCCUCCGAUCCCUGCACUGCUAACAUUGGUUUCUAACACUGCUGUCUAAAAUCAUGGGUUAGAGUUAUUUAAGUAGAUGGUGGUAGAAGUGCCAGGAUAUUGAAACAUCACAAGAUGUAGGAGCAGAGGUAUGCCAUUUGGCCCAUUGAGUCUGUGCUGUCAUUCAAUGAGAUGAUGUGAUCAUCUUCAAUUCCCUUGCUGAUUAAAACUGUCUAUCUCAGCCUUGAGUAUAUUUAAUUACCCAGUCUUGACAGCCUUCUGCCAUAUAAUGCCUUGUAUAUUUACUCCUCUAUAUCUUUUCCACUUGAUGAUCUAUAAAUUACACCAAGCAAAGUAAUUGCAUCAGUUUU